GCAGAUGAAAUAUCUCAAAUUUCUGAGCCAAUGCCAAAUUCUGAAUCGUAGGAAUUCGCUUCAAGCUUCAGAAGUUGGUUUCGGGUUUGUAAAAUAUGGAGGUUCUUCCCGGAAAUCCUUGUGUACCCGCUCGGAGGACACGGUGCUGAAGGACUUCAUGGAGUACUUGGAUGCUCUGAAGAACUAUGAGAAAUCGGGCGUGCCCAAAAGUGCGGGUACUGAUUCCGACGAAGGAUUUGAUCUUGGUCGAAUGAGACGGCUGAUGGAGCUACUGGGUAAUCCUCAGUCUAACUUCAAGGCGGUUCACAUUGCUGGGUCCAAAGGAAAAGGAUCAACUGCUGCAUUUCUCUCCAGUAUUUUGAGGGCAGAAGGGUAUUCAGUUGGUUGUUACACAAGCCCACAUAUCCAAACAAUCAGAGAGCGUAUAUCAUUGGGAAGAUUUGGUGAGCCAGUGGCAGCAAAGGCAUUGAAUUCUCUUUUUAAUAGGACUAAAAAAAUUAUCGAUCAGGCGGUGGAACUUGAAAAUGGGUGCAUAAGUCAUUUUGAGGUUCUGACUGCAAUGGCUUUCACACUUUUUGCGCAAGAGAAUGUUGACAUUGCCGUUAUUGAGGCUGGGUUGGGAGGUGCACGAGAUGCAACCAAUGUUAUUUCAAGCUCUGGACUUGCCCUAUCAGUUAUUACCACAAUAGGUGAGGAACAUAUGGCUGCACUUGGGGGUUCUUUGGAAAGCAUUGCAGUGGCAAAAUCUGGAAUCAUUAAACACGGCUGUCCAGUCGUGCUGGGUGGACCAUUUCUCCCACAUAUUGAGUGCAUUCUCCGUAAUAAAGCAUCCUCAAUGCAUUCACCUGUAAUAUCAGCUUAUGAUACUGGCAACCAGAGUAAAAUUAAAGGCAUUAGCAUUCACAAUGGUAGACCUUGCCAAUCUUGUGACAUAGUGAUACAAGUUGAAAGUGAAAUAAACCUGUUCAUUGAGUUGUUUGAUGUACAAUUAUAUAUGCUUGGAAGUCACCAGCUUCAAAAUGCAGCAACUGCCACUUGUGCAGCACUUUGCCUUCGUAACUUAGGAUGGAAAAUCUCAGACAGAUCAAUCAAGGAUGGUUUACAGCAUACUCACUUGCUCGGCAGAAGUCAAUUUCUGACAUCCAAGGAAGCUGAAGCAUUAGGAGUAUCUAAACCAAUGAUAAUGCUUGAUGGAGCCCACACCAAAGAAUCUGCUAAAGCGUUGGUGGAGACCAUACAGAUGACUUUUCCAAGGGCACGUUUGGCUCUAGUGGUUGCCAUGGCCAGUGACAAAGACCAUGUAGGUUUCGCAAGGGAGUUCCUUUCAGGUGGACAAUUGGAGGGUGUCCUAUUGACAGAAGCUGACAUUGCUGGGGGGAAAUCUCGGACAGCUGCAGCUUCAUUUUUAAGAGAUUGUUGGAUAAAAGCUUCAGAAGAGUUGGGAAUAACCCUUGUGCAUGAUAAAAUGUCAGACUACCAAGAACUAUUCAAUGAUCAAUUAGAUUGUUCUGCAAGUACAAUUCAAAACAGAACCAUAUUGGCUGUGGAGGCUUCAUUUUUGUCUUCCAUGAAGAUUGCAGAUCAGAUUCUCAGAAAAAGAACAGGGAAUGGAUUUGGAAUUAUUGUGGUUACAGGAUCUUUGCAUAUCGUUUCAUUGGUGUUAGCUACUCUUCAUGGUUGAUAUAUAUAUAUAUAUAUAUAUAUAUAUAUGUUGCUUGAGAGAAUUUUUGCAUUAUAGUAGGAGCAACCACAUCUUGCUAAGACUAUAUUUUAAUAUAUGCUUCUUUGUAUUUUGGACAAUUAAACUAACAUUCGUGUUAGAACUUCAUGAUUGCCUGUUAGCGGGUAUGUGUGUAUAUUGCAAGCGAUUCAUGCUAUUAUUCCUGUAACAAAAAACUAAUUUCUAUCCAUUGAGAAGACAAAAUCGCUUUCAAUUGGUGUUGAUUA